AAUAAUCUAACUGAUUGUCGCAUUUUAUAUUACCUUUGGCCCCUAAACACUGCAACCACAAGAAUAUCAAGACGCAAGUACUUGUUGGAUCCGUUGCACACGUUCAUUCCAUCAACCACCACGCUGAAUAUUACAGCAAAUCUGAACUAA